AUGUUCACCAAGAGAAAUCUAGUUGAUAUAAAGAAAUCAACAUCCAAGCUUCAAGACUCAAAAAAGGAUGUAGCUACUAGGAUUAAACAUUUGAAAAUCAUUUUAGAAAAUGUAGACAUUGCUGAAGCUAAAGGAUUUUUUGAAGCAAAUUUCAGUCACAUUUAUAAUGUACUGUAUGACAGUUUUGUACAAACGGAAACAAAUUUACGGCAGAGAGAGCUGUCCUUUCACUUGGUACACAAAGCACAUAAAGAAGAAUUGGAAUGUACCCUCUGGAUCCUCGAGCAAGUGCUGUGCUUACUUCCGGAAUUGAUCCACAGAAGAUGGCAGCUUCAUUCCCUCGGGAGGCUAAUUUCCAAACUUUUACAUCCAGGGAACGCGGUAAAACUGCGGCGUCAAGGCAUCCGAUACUUCUUGAUGUGGUAUCAGGCACUGAAUGACAAUGCCCCUGAAUAUGUGCACAAUAUGUUUGCUGCUCUAGUCCCAGCAUUUUCUGGUCAAACAGCUACCCCACUGCAGAACAGUGCGAGUGUCUUUCACGACACGAGUGCGCAGAACCCUGUGACACCGACUGAACUCUUACCGAUUUUGCCCGUAUCUAGUGGCGAGAAGGUCCCAGAUUAUUCAAGUAAAUUUUUUCUGGAAGCCCUACUGGAAUAUAUGGUUCACACUGUGGUGAAACUUGAAUGGCAAGACAAAAGUGCUUACCAUCACAGAUGUUUUGGUUUUCUGCUAGAAAAAUUCAAAAGAUACUAUUUACCAAAACUUUGUCCACACUUCUGGAAAGAGACAUCUUUAUAUAAACCAAAUCUAGAAUUGCCGGGUUUGAGAAGAUCUGAGAUCGAAAAUGAAUUCGUUUAUUGCCGAGUAACCUUCAUUAUGUGGGUGAUAAAUUACAUGCAUCAGACGAAGAAGGGCCACGAAAUCAGUGGUGGUGCAGGACCAGCUUCUAUACCCAGCAUCCAAUCGCCUUCACAACAUUCACACGAUGAUGAUUCGCAGCAUGACUCUUCUCAUCCUAGCUUGGAUUCCACACUAUCCAUACAAACUAACAGAACUACCAGUGAUGAGGAAUUGGCCCCUCAGAUAGUACGUGAAGUAUUUUGCAGCAACAGAGACAACAUAAACUUCAUUCACGAAUUGUAUCGCCAAGCAUUCCUCCUCAAUUUCACACACGUAGUGGCCAUAAGGAAAAUCAUCGGCCUGUACAAGGAUCUGAUACAGGGUAAUGUAGCAGAAAUGCCUCCAUACGCGCUGGAACUCCCUGACGAUGCACCUAGAAAUCUAGGGGAAGAGGUUACACCGGAUACACGCUCUAGUAGGCUCAGAAAUGACUCUUAUUUGGGAGCCAUACAUAAGGAGAAUUUGCUGGUUAGGGCUGGCAUGCAGAAUAUAUAUCAGUUGUUCAUGACCCAUGCAGCAAAUGUUUUCUUGUUGGAAGUAAAUGCUCUUGUUCCCAAAACGCUUGAGGAACAAACUGAUGCUUGUAAAAGGGUCUUAAACAUUUACCGGUACAUGGUAAUGAAUACCAGGAUGGAUAACAGCACAUGGGAACAAUUAUUGCUAGUUUUACUGCAGAUAACUUCUCUGGUACUUGGUGAAAACCCUCCCAAAAAGAAAGCAUCAACUCUCGGUGGUAAACUAGCCCCUGCCAUAUUCCAAACUCUAAUAGUCACCUGGAUUAAAGCUAAUUUGAAUGUUCUGAUAUCCAGAGAACUAUGGGAUAGGUUCCUACAUGUUUUAACAUCAUUAACUAGCUGGGAAGAAUUAAUCAAAGAAUGGGCGAAAACAUUGGAGACCCUUACGAGGGUACUAGCAAGGCACGUAUACAAUUUGGAUCUGACAGACUUGCCUCUUGAACGACUGAAUGAACAAAAAACGAAAAGAGGUAGAAGACCCGUAUGCAGACCUGAAAACAGCACUCCGUGCAGUACAGCCAACGGUGGCUAUCCUGCCAUUUGCAGGCAGGAUUCGAGCUUACCUGAUGGCCAUGUUUCGUCGAAGAUGGGAAGGUCGCCACUCACGAGGAGUUACAGUGAGACUAACAUGGUGGUGAAACACAAAUUCAGCAGAAUCAAGCCGCACAAUGUGAAUCGAAGGAGAUCGAAAUCUCUAGACAACCUCGCCCCGGUUGAUACAGAAUCAACAGACCGUACCAGAUCACCUAGUCCAGCUCCGUCCAGUGGUCUUGAAAGUAACUCCAUCAAGGACUCGCCCAUACAGCUCGACAUGUUCUCAACUGACCACCAAAUCCUAGAACUAUCUGGUGAAACAAGAGGGGUUGUGUGUGGUGGUACUGUCAGGGGUUGGCUGCCGGAUGUUGCAGUUAUUCUUUGGAAAAGAAUGCUAGGUGCCCUGGGGGAUGUGAACCAAAUUUCUGACCCCAAACUUCAUUCCCAAGUAUUCGAAUACCUGGUGAAACUGACAGACACCCUGAUCAAGAUCAACCACAACCAAAGCAUUUCCACGGAUAAUAUGAGUACUCCCCAAGCGCCAGAGCUGGUACCACCUUUAACUCUGAUUCUGCCUUGGUGUUUCGGAGCGCUGGCAUUGCCCAACAACUUUGAACCUGGAAAAUUGAAUGCUCUCAGAUUGAUUUGUACUGUGACAGUGAACUGUGAUAUGAAACACCGGACGUAUUUACCCCAAUUUUAUCGAUUCCUUCAUUCAGCUUUAACUAGUAACUCAAAACCAGUUUUGAACACAUGCCUGAAAUACCUUGGACCGAGGUUUUUCUCUCUUCAGUUGCCAGGCGCCUCUUUACUUUUGCUAGAUUUAAUACAUGCGUGCAAUAUCGUCCUGAAUAAUACAGAAAAACUGGAUUCCUCGCCUAGAACAGAGGCUGUUUCCAUUUUGGCGAAUUUGUUGAGUCAGCCAGACGAUUUGAGUGGUCUUUCGGUCCUGCAACCAGAACAAGAGAUGAGAGUUAUGAAGUGUCCCGAUAUAAAGGAGCACGUCGUUAGUAUUUUACUGAGAGCUGGUAGAAGAGAACCUAAAGGCAAGGCUAGAUGUAUAGCUUUGUCCGCUCUAGGAGUGUUUGUGUAUAAAGAACUGAACAACAAAACUUUUCAUCCAAAAGUUCCUGAUGCUAUCAACGUGCUACUCCUGGCACUAAAGUUCAACAACAAGAUCAUCGUCCAAUUGGCGAGCAACAUCUUCUUCCUCCUGUGCGACCACGCGCCGCUGCUGUGGUCGCAGUACCCCCGCCUGGGCAACCAGGUGGUCUCUACCUUGUGCUCCGCCCUUCUCUCGCACGCCCCCUUGGGGCAGACGGCGGGCGAGAGCGACAAGGCGUUGGGCGGGGCGCUGGUGCCCUGCUUGGGCGAGUGGUGUAUGCGGCUGGGGCCGCGAAGGUUGCUGGAGGUGUCGGAGUACGGGGAGAGCAGGGGGACUUGUCUGCUGCUGCAAGUUUUCACGGUUUUGCACAAGAUCAUUCUAGGCCAGGCAUCGACAGACAAUCCCGGCGGCCUGACGCAACCCAACCUCAACGAAGACUUCGACCCGAACAUCAUCUCCGACGAUUUCGACCAGUCGGCCCCCUUCUCGCCCUCCAAGAACAACCACUGCCAAGCGGCCAUCCUGCUCUGCGCCAAGACCGUGCUGGCCCAUCUGGUCACGCACCUCGGCCAUUUUCCGAUGGCCAUCGGGGCUGCGAGGUUGAGCUCUCUGGUGGUCGAACACGAUGAUGUACCCGAUCUGCCGGCCGAUGAUCUGUCGUCGAGCAUCUUUUCGGCGCCCAACAUCCAGCUGUUCAUCCUGUCCCGAAGCGUGCUAGCGAGUCUAGUAGAGCUCCCGGCUCUAGAUCUACCAGGCGGCGGAGUGACAGCCGGCCUAUCCACGGCCGAUAAACAAGUGAGGGUGCUCUUGAGAGACCUCUCCGGAAAAUGUAGCUGGGACGCUUCGAUUUUGUAUCGGACACCCGAGACGGUGAAACAAGAUCAACAGGACGUCCCGAAACAGACGGUCGAGAAGGAAAACGUGGAAAAAUACGCGCAACUGGAAAGCCUCAUGGUUGGGUCGGCGUUGCAUGCGUUACCACAAAUGGCCAUGAGGCACCGUCCGCCGAAUGUCCUACCAGAGAUAUCGAAUGCAGCACCUGAUUUGGACCAAUUAGAUGAUUUGCUUCAGUAUUUGGGCCAUACUAGCCCAGAAUGUUUGGAAAAUUUCAAUCACAAACUGAACGAGCCUGCAGCCUCACCUAUGUCCGUCGAUCUGGAAAAUGAGGCGAUCGCGUCUGUCAUCAGUCAACGGAAUACUGAGGUAGAGGAGAGCAGGUUGUCACAGUAUGCCGAUGCGAUGUUGGGACAAUCGAUUGAUAGGCCAACCAGCAGGAUAGAUCGCCAAAGUUCCAAUUCUGAUCAACAAGCGCAAUAUGGUGCAGUGGAACAAGAUGCUUUCCAGCAAUGCCGUCUGCUUUUCUCUCAACUUGGUCUAGCUGGUUGGGAGAGAAGACAUCAGUUGCAUUUACUUAACAAGACUGAACGUUUACUUAGGGAAUUAAGGAAUUUAGAUAAUCAGAGUUGCCGUGAAACGCACAAGUUUGCUGUGAUUUAUGUUGCGCCUGGACAAGAAGACAAAAAUUCGAUAUUAUCGAAUCAAGGUGGUAGUGUGGCUUAUGAGCAGUUCUUGGCGGCGUUAGCCUGGGAAAUAGAACUAGAGGGCCAUACUGGAUUCCUCGGUGGUUUGCAACGACAAGGAACGUCCGGACUUACGGCUCCUUACAUAGCAACGAGUUUUCUCGAAGCCAUCUUCCAUGUAGCAACAAGAAUGCCAGGAGAUACGUCCGAGGCAGUACUUAAUAAGACAAGACAUUUAGGUAACGAUGAAGUACACAUAGUAUGGUCUGAACAUAGUAGAGACUAUAGACGUGAUAUCAUUCCCACCGAGUUCUGUGAUAUUUUAAUAAUCAUUUAUCCAAUAGGAGAUAAUUUGAAUCGAGUAACAGUCGAUUGUAAAGCUGAUGUACCACAUUUUGGAGUAUUGUUCAAUGAGACAAUCGUCGAGAGUUCAGUUUUAGCAGGAGUAGUCAGAGCAACAGCAAUAUGUGCUAGUAGAGCUAAAAGGAUAACUUAUCAAUUUUACCAACAGUAUUAUGAAGAGCGUGCCAGAUCACUGGAUACGGUAGUGACGAAACACAAACAAGCCACCACCUAUGAGGAAUUCAUUUCGAGAGUAUAUAGCCCCAUAGUCACGUCCAGCCCUUUCUAUCCGAGUAGUUCAUCGUCCAGCGGAGUUGGAGACUCCUCAUUGUUGGCUGCAGCCCUUUUGGACUCGCACGGUCAUUCUUACAAGAGCACGUCGAGAAAUGAUCAAAAGCACAGAGUUUCUGCUAAUGAUUCUUCACGAGGGGGUUGGUUCCAGAACUUAGAAACCCAGAUGGCUGAGUCCAGCAUCUCCCCGAGACCCAUGAAAAGACUGUCCUCGAAUAUAAAGGCUUCGAAAAGGUCCAUGAAAAAAGAACAGUCGGCCGAUUCUCCGCCCGAGAGUCCCUUACAGAUGACCAGAAAAAAGUAG